UAAUUUAGUAAUGCCACAGUAAAGUGUUGCGGAGUAAACACUUAAGCUAUAGACCUAAUCAAACAGAUGAGAAUAUAAUUAUAAUUUUCAUCACCACCUUCUGGAGUUUCCAUUAAUAAAUCUACGUAAUACGUGAAUUAUACUUAAUCUAUUGCGUUGACGCAAUGACCAGUUCCUUCGAAGUGUUAGAAGAUAGAUUGGUCACUGGCAUGAUCAUACCAGUAUCUAACGAAACCUACUUCAACACAAAGUGGAAACCAAAGAAGCAACCUCUUUGUGCGUAUGAUAUGCUGUACCACCCGCCGGACUACGAUCCGAAAAUGGCGCGAGCCGACAGACAAUCACCCGAAAUUAUUAGAAAAAAUAUCUGGAACCAAGAAUUUCACAAACCUAUUUCCUCUACGAAUCAUUUUCAAUACGGUAGACCGUAUUGGCCAAUUUUGGACAAACCGGAGAAGAAUCAUGUUAAAGUUGAAGUCAAGAACCAGAAUCCUCAUAUGCGUAUCUAUAGUGUUCUCGAAUGGGCCGUGCUACUAUACGACGGGAAACAGAGUAUAUGCGAUUAAAUUUAAAAACAGCAACAGUAUUGAUAUUGGCAACGACGCUAUUUUUUCGGAUCGAAAUCGCGUAUAAUUGUUUUUUCUAACACACACUAAUUUUCGGGCUCUUUUCUACAAGUCCCGUAGUUACAUCAGGGGCCCUACUCUGGAAGCAUGAAAAACGUAGUUACGGCCGUUUUCUACGGAGCUGGACGUCUACUCCUGUUCUCUUUUGAUUUACAUGAGGCGAAAAAUUUCGCGACGACUGCCCAGUUACCACGCCUUCAUGUACAUUAAUGGCGAAUCUGAAUUCUAUUUACUAGGCAACAACAUUUAAAUUUCUCUGAGUAAUACAACGGCGCGGGCCGCCGUGUACACCAAAUUCAAGUCAGACUCGCCAGUGUGCCCGAGACGCUCAUUUAAGUUAAAACAUAAAAGCUAAAUAAAUAGACCUUAUUUUGCCAUGACAGUUAGACGCACGCGGUCGCUGUGCGGCGGCAACACAGGCUCCGCUCGUGAGCGCGAUAAAAUUCGUGUCAAAUAAAUGCACCCUAAUUGUUUUGGACGUAGAACAUGAGUAGAUACCUUACUCUCGGAGUCCGUCAACGAAAAGAAAGGCCCGUUUGAAACUGACAAAUCGCGUUGUUAUAUAUUCUCAAUUCUAGCCCC